UGUUUCCGGAAGUACACACGUGUUUGCUCCUUCUUCAACGAUGCAGAGUCAGUAACGUUGUAACUAAAACCAGAUAGAUUUAUGCCACUUUAAUUCAAUCUCUGCCUUGGGGAAUUAUUUCAGGAUGGUCUGGACAAGCAGAGUUUGUUGUCGGAAGUAUGGCAACUUUGUGGACAAUAUACGACUUUAUGUGAGGGGUGGGAGUGGAGGAAUGGGUUUGCCCCGUUUAGGGGGACAUGGGGGAAAUGGUGGAGAUGUGUGGGUGGUGGCCAAAAAAGGCAUUACACUGAAGCAAAUCAAGGACAAGCACCCUAACAAGCGAUUCACUGCAGGUCUUGGUUCAAACAGCAGUAUUCAUGCUCUGAGAGGGGCCAAAGGAGAGGACGCGCAGGUCUUGGCACCUGUUGGGAUCAGUGUUACAUCGGACGAUGGGAGAAUCUUAGGAGAGUUGAACUGUGAAGGAGACAGUCUUUUGGUGGCCAAAGGUGGUCAGGGUGGCACUCUUACCUCCGGGUUCUUACCCAGUAAAGGUCAAACCAGACAGAUACGGCUGGACCUUAAACUCAUCGCAGACCUUGGACUUGUAGGGUUUCCCAAUGCAGGCAAAUCCUCCUUGCUGACUGCAUUGUCUCAUGCUAAACCAAGGAUUGCCAGCUACUCCUUUACAACAUUAAGACCUGAAAUUGGAAAGGUUAUUUAUAAUGACCACAAGCAGGUUUCAGUAGCAGACUUACCAGGACUCAUUGAAGGUGCUCAUGAGAAUAAAGGCAUGGGACACAGGUUUCUCAAGCAUGUGGAGAGAACCAAGCAGCUCAUGUUUGUGGUCGACAUCUGUGGGUUCCAGCUGGCUAGUAACACCCCGUUUAGAUCUGCAUUUGAAACCGUGCUGCUUUUAACCAAGGAAUUGGAGUUGUAUAAGGAGGAGCUGUUAGGCAAGCCGGCAAUCCUGGUCAUAAAUAAGAUGGACCUUCCCGAGGCUCAGGGUCAUCUCCGAGAACUGGAAGCUCACUUGGAGAACCAGGAAGAAUCAAGCCACCUUUUUUCUGAGGAUGUCAUCCCUAAAAGCCUAAUGCGUUUCACGCACAUCAUCCCAGUCUCUGCCACAACUGGCCUUGGUCUGCCCUUGCUCAUGUCCCUUAUCCGCCAAUCCCUUGAGGAGCAGGACGUCAUAGAAACUGAGGGUCAGCGCAGUGAGAGACUACUCAAGUUGAGAAGGGAGAUUCCCACGUCAUCCAUACCUAGCUGAGGGUUUCCUCAACUGACCUGAGAUCCUUCAAACAGGUUUCAGUAUGGCAGCCCAUAAAAUGAUCCUCAGGGAUACUGUUGAAUAUUUGCAGACAUGUGAAACAUGAAGUAUGUGGUUAAAGCGCAUUCAGUGGAACACAAACAGCACAUUUGACUUGACAAAUCAGUCUGUAUAGACUAGUAUCUGUGCCUGGUAUGUGUUUAAAUGUUGUAUUCUGACAUCAAAAUGCCGACUUUGUGUCUGGGUAAGCGUCUAUGUAAUGCAUUGCUUGAAGUUUGAUUUAGCUGCUCUCCCAGUCUAAUAAGGCUGGUCUGGACUGCUGGAACUUGUCAACUGCUCCCCAGCUAUACCAUCUGAACAGGCCGGGAGAUCAGAAUAAAAGCAGUUCAUUACAAAAAAAU